GAAUUUCACUUUAUACCUUUUCCCAUCUCACAAACGCACACCACUCACAUGUUCAUUAUUUAAAUCAAAAACUUAUAAAUAUAAAAAAAAAUAUCUAUAUGUUCCUAUGCCACCACUCUUCCACACCAAAGUCUAAUAAAAUGGAACCACUUUCUUCAUCAUCACUUUCUCCUCCAAUCUCUUACCUAUUUUAUCUCCUCUUUUACCUUUGAACCAAACCCUUUUCUCCAAAUUCUCUCAUCAUUCCAUUUCUUCAACAAAGAUUUGUUUUUUCAAUUAUGGGGGCUAAUAUUUCUUCAACUACAUCAAUAAGAGAAAAAUAUGAUGAAGGGUCAAAUUCUUCAUCAUCAAGAACUAGUCUUGGUGAUAUUCCAGAGAGUUGCAUCUCUUCUAUCCUUAUGAAUCUUGAUCCACUUGAUAUAUGCAAAUUGGCUAGAGUCAAUCAUGCUUUUCAUAGAGCUUCCUCAGCUGAUUUUGUGUGGGAAUCCAAGUUACCAUCAUGCUACAAUUUUCUUGUUAAUAAAGUUCUUGGUCAAGAAAAUCUUUCUACUAUGACUAAGAAAAAUAUCUACACAAAACUCUGUCAACGUAAUCUCCUUGAUGAUGGUACCAAAGAAGUUUUGUUGGAUAAAUGUAGUGGACAAGUUUGUUUAUUCAUGUCAUCAAAGUCUUUGAAGAUAACAGGAAUAGAAGAUAGAAGAUAUUGGAUUUAUAUUCCAACUGAAGAAUCAAGGUUUAAGAAUGUGGCAUAUCUUCAACAAAUGUGGUGGGUUGAAGUAGUAGGGGAGUUAGAGUUUGAAUUCCCUGUGGGUAGUUACAGCAUAACUUUCAGACUCCAAUUGGGAAAGUCAUCGAAACGAUUGGGGCGGCGUGUGUGCAACGUUGAUCAAGUGCACGGCUGGGACAUCAAGCCGGUUCGAUUCCAACUCUCUACAUCUGACGGUCAGCGUUCGAUCUCCGAGUGUUACUUGAAUGGGCCAGGUGAAUGGGUUUAUUACCAUGUAGGAGAUUUCAUGGUUGUAAAGCCCAAUGAGCCCAUAAAAAUAAAGUUUUCUUUGGCCCAAAUUGAUUGUACUCAUACCAAAGGUGGCCUCUGUAUAGAUAGUGCAAUUAUUUGUCCAACUGAGUUCAGAGAAAGACUCAAAACAACUUAGCUGGUUACUCGCGCGUCCUACGAAAUUACCAAAAUACCAUUCCGCUACUUAAGUAGCGGACGUUAUAAAAAUCAAAAAAAUUGAAAAACAACGUCUGCUACUUAAGUAGCGGACGUAAGUAGCGGACGUUAUAAAGGUAGGGUGUUUUGAGGGUGUCUACUACCUGCGGACAAGGGUAUUUUGGUAACUUCAUAGGGUGUGCCCCAGAAUCAGUAGGGUGUCAAAAGGAGAUCUCUUAUUAUAAUGUACAAACAUAGUUUAAUUAUGUACAUGUAUUACAGACAAAAGAAAAG